UCCCAGCCCGGGCCCGGAGCGGUUGAGCUGCGGUGUUUGCAGCUCUCUUGUUGUACUUUUUAGUCCUUGCGGCCGUGCGGUGUCCGGAUCCCAGCGCCAUCUCCGCGCAGCACGAGAUCCUCCCGCCCGGCAGUUCGGUCUCGAGCGGUGCAGCCCGGCGGGAGCGGAGAUGCGCCUCAUCCAGAACAUGUGCACCAUCGCGGAGUACCCUACUGCGGGCAGCGCCGCCGCCGACUGCUGCCUGGGGGCAGCGGGCCGCCGGCUGGUCAAGAUCGCCGUGGUGGGGGCCAGCGGCGUGGGCAAGACGGCUCUGGUGGUCCGGUUCCUCACUAAACGGUUCAUUGGGGACUAUGAACGAAAUGCAGGUAACCUCUAUACCAGACAAGUCCAGAUAGAAGGUGAAACCCUGGCGAUUCAAGUUCAGGAUACUCCAGGGAUUCAGGUUCAUGAGAAUGGCUUGAGCUGCAGUGAGCAGCUAAACCGGUGUAUUCGCUGGGCAGACGCUGUGGUGAUCGUUUUCUCCAUCACUGACCACAAGAGCUAUGAACUCAUUGGCCAGCUCCACCAGCAUGUCCAGCAGCUCCACCUGGGCACCCGGCUGCCUGUGGUGGUUGUAGCCAAUAAAGCCGACCUGUUGCACAUCAAGCAGGUCGAUCCUCAGCUCGGACUGCAGCUGGCUGGCAUGCUGGGUUGCUCCUUCUAUGAAGUGUCUGUCAGUGAAAAUUACAAUGAUGUCUAUAAUGCCUUCCAUGUCCUGUGCAAAGAAGUGAGCCACAAACAGCAGUCCAACAGCACACCCGAGAAACGAAGAACCUCUCUCAUUCCCAGGCCCAAGUCACCCAACAUGCAGGAUCUGAAGAGGAGGUUCAAGCAAGCUCUGUCUGCCAAAGUGAGAACUGUCACCUCUGUCUGAAGCACAACCACUCAGGGGAUUUGGUCUUCUGGGAAGAGGACCUGAGGUUCUUCUGGUGCAGGACCAUUGGAGGCUGGCGGUAGUUCAUGGUUCCAGAAAGGGCUGGAGCAAAGAGGCCUAAGGGGCCUGUGGAACUGCUGCAAAUGAGGAAGUGCUUGGAGUCCAAGGAUGGAUGGACAGAUACAGGACACGGACUCUUUCUAGUUCUUUGGAGUGUGGAGGGGGCAGGUGGUUAUCCCUCACUACCUUGUAAAUGAUGGCCAGUUUCUCCAAAUGCAUUGUUGCGAUUAGGGUAGGGAUGAAAGAACAGAUUAAGCAUUCACAGGCUUUCUUUCCCCCCUUCUCCUCCUUCAUCUUUUUUCCUCCCUAGAGGAAGGUUUACUCUUAUCAGUAUGACUUGUAUCUCUGUGCUAUCUUUACAGGACACCUUUCUAACUUGAAGGAUACCCAGAUUUAAGAACAAGGGAGGAUCCCUCCUCACCCCAUAGAGGUCAGAUUUUAGGCCAUAAUAUUUUAUGUACAGACACCUGUGAACUGUGGUCUGCAGGAAGGUGCUGAAUCUCCCAACACACAGGAUGUUCAUGCCUAGUGGGACAUGUGUUGAGUAGCUGUGAAAAACUGCCCAAUCAUGACACUGUACAGCUGUUUGUUUUUGUUUGUAACCUAUGGCAUCGGGUACAGAAAAAAAGUGUUAAUUGAUGGUGGUGUGAUUUGUGUAAAUGGCUUAUGGCAAUGACGUUAGGGUCCUGGGCCUAAUUGAGUCAUGGCUGUGGGUGGCUGAAUUAUGGAAACGCUGUCUUACGGAGUGACCAGAUUCAGGGCUGCCCACCAAAUCCCCUACACAGAUGCACUUUAAAAAGCCAUUCAUGCUUUGGCUUGAACUGUAAUUAAUUUAUUUUAUGUACAAUAAAUCUCAUUUGAUAAGA